AUGGCGACGGCAGCCAGCAGCAGCAGCCCCUCCGCGGCCACGGCCACGCUCCUGCACGGCCACCGCAUCAAUAAGUCGCAGACUCGGAAACGCAUCGACCCGAGGCGGAGGCAAGCGGCGCUCUCCUUCCUCACCAACAUCUCCCUUGAUGGACGACCUGUGCAGGACGAGCGCCAGGAGGUGGAUGACGACGCCGUGGAAGGAGAGUCGGAAGCCCGACGGAGCCUGGUGGAGCGAUCCGCCACUACCACCUCCGCCUCCUCCUCCUCGGCUGCCGCUCUUGCCGCUGCCGCGACCGCCUUGGCCAACCAGGCUCUCCUGGCGAGCAGCCGAACCAGCUCGUUCGCUUCUGCGUCUCCUACCGCUGCGGAGCCCGGCGAAGGCGACGCGUUUGCCCCGGCGUUCGCUACUCCGGCGCCCACGUUCGGCUCGCCUCUCUCGGCUCUGCCCUCCUCGGCCCGGGGCAGACUGCAGACAUACACUCAGGGGGUCGCGCCCGCUGCGUUCUCCAGACAAGGAUCCCAGAACUACUGCCUGGAGGGCGGACAGAUCGCCAACUCGGCCAUUGAGCUUCAGCGGUCGAGACGUCGUCUGAUCUCUCAGCGUUCCUCGCUCGAAACGUUAGAGGACAUUGAGGAGAAUGCUCCUCUGCGCAGGUGCCGCACCCUGUCGGGUUCCCCUCGUCCCAAGAGCUUCAAGAAGAUCCACUUCAUUAAGAACAUGCGGCAACAUGACACACGCAACGGAAGGAUAGUCCUAAUCAGUGGCAGAAGAUCCUUCUAUAGUGUAUUUUCAGUGCUGCCCUAUCGAGAUUGUAGCCAAGCGGGGGACGUGAAGAUGGAAGCGACGGGGCGCCAGCGACACCCGUCGGGAGGUGUCAGCGCUAAAGAGAUGGUCAUCGGCCUCGAGGGUGUUGAGCUCGGGGCUGAUGGGAAGACGGUGUCGUACACACAGUUCUUAUACCCCACCAAUGUGCUUGGCGGGCGAAGGAACACCAUCGACUCGACAUCGUCCUUUUCUCAGUUUCGCAAUGCCAGCCAUCGCAGCCUCAGCCUUGCCCGCGUGAAUAGCAACCAGAGCAGCCUGGAUACUGGUAACGACUUGAGCGAAUUUCGAGAAUACGAUCCCAAUCUUCUGGACGACCCUCAGUGGCCUUGUGGCAAACACAAGCGAGUGCUCAUCUUUCCGUCGUACAUGACGACUGUCAUCGAGUACGUGAAACCCUCCGAUCUGAAGAAGGACAUGAAUGAAACCUUCAAGGAGAAGUUCCCUCACAUACGCCUCACGCUGAGCAAGAUCAGAAGCCUGAAGCGGGAAAUGAAGAAGCUGGCCCAAGACGAGUGUGGCUACGAGGAGCCCACCGUGGCCAUGGCCUUUGUCUACUUUGAGAAGCUGGUGCUACAGGGCAAGCUCAACAAGCAGAACCGAAAACUAUGCACGGGCGCCUGUGUCCUGCUGGCUGCCAAAAUAGGCGGGGAUCUCAAGAAGCACCAAGUCAAGCUCCUCAUUGACAAACUGGAGGAGCGGUUUCGCGUGAACCGGCGAGAGCUGAUUGCCUUCGAGUUCCCCGUGCUGGUGGCGUUGGAAUUCAACUUGCACCUCCCCGAGCAUGAAGUCAUGCCGCACUACAGACGCCUGCUGCAGGCCUCCUAG